GUGUAGCCCCCAGAGAUUCUGUAGGCUCUUAUAUACUGGGUGGAAUGGAACCCUGAGCACUGCUCUCCACACCUGCACUGGCAGAGAAGACCAGGGACGCCACUGGAUAGGACUCACAAGGACAACAAACACCCUCAGCGGCUCUCUCCUCUCUCUUUUUGCCUCUCUCUAUCUCAACCUGUCUCUCCCUCACCGGCUUUUGCUGACCUCUAAACCUAUGGCCUUGGGCCCAGCCUAGUUGUUUGAGAAUUGUUGGAUGGUCACCAAGAUGCGGAUGCAGAUAGUCUUUGCUGUUCUCCUGGUGUUCGUGAGUGAUGCCUUGGGUUCAGAUGUUGACCAGGAGAAGCGAACGAUAGAAGAGGAGUUAUUGAACAAUCUCAUUACUUCAAAGUUGAAGCAAAGCAAACACAGCGCCACCUUGUGGCGGCUGACGCUACUGAAAGUUUGUGCCGUGCUGGACAGUCUGGACGAGACGUGGCAGCCGGAGAGUGAGAUCCCAGCCGAGGAGGAGGACGAGGACUACAGGUUCCGCCUACCACCUGUCAGCCAAUCAGUGGAUGAGCUUUACAACCUCCGCAACCUCUGUAGAGUACUGCAGCCCAGAGAGGUCCAAGAUGUGGAGGACUACCUGGACCUGGACCAAAGCAGCGACAACCCGCUGAAGAGGAAAUCCCCUUACAUCCUGAAGAGACAAGUGCACACCAGCAAGCAGGCACGGAGGCCUUACAUCCUCAAGCGAAGCAGCCUACUUUACUGACACCAACACACACACACACGCUCUCUCUCACACACAGACACACACACACACACACACACACACACUUUCAUGCAAAAGAAGAGACAUUUUACAUUCUGUGAAUAUGUGCCUGUGCUUAAUGUGCUAACAUCGGCAACAGCUUUUUCGUUUCCUCAUCCGGUUUGGUCUGUGUGUUUCAUCCCUUAAGGCCUUUUAAUGUGUUCUAAGAUGAAAAUGUCAUUCAUCUCAUUCUCAUAUCAGGCAAUGUACAUAAACAAUAAAAUCUAUAAGGCAAGAAUAAUAUGUAUGUAUCAAU